AUUUGUCACGGAACAGACUGUCAGAGCUUCCAGCAGAAGCAUGUCACUUUGUCUCCCUCGAGAGUCUUAAUUUGUACCAGAACUGCAUUCGAUAUAUCCCAGAGGCUGUUUUGAACUUACAGUCUUUAACAUUUCUAAAUAUCAGUCGAAACCAGCUUUCAACAUUGCCAGUCCACCUCUGUAGUCUACCACUAAAAGUUUUGAUAGCCAGUAAUAAUAAGUUGGUUUCAAUACCUGAAGAAAUUGGACAGCUCAGACAGCUGACAGAGCUUGAUGUGAGCUGUAAUGAAAUACAGACAAUACCUCCACAGAUUGGCAAUUUGGAAUCCUUGCGGGACCUAAAUGUCAGAAGAAAUAAUUUGGUGCGUUUACCUGAAGAGCUUGCUGAGUUGCCUUUGAUUCGAUUAGAUUUCUCCUGCAAUAAAAUAACAACAAUACCAGUUUGUUAUAGGAACCUCAGACACCUGCAGACCAUCAUGUUAGAGAACAACCCUCUCCAGUCACCCCCUGCACAGAUAUGUAUAAAAGGAAAAAUUCACAUAUUUAAGUACCUGAACAUAGAAGCAUGCAAGAUAGCUCCAGACUUGCCAGAUUACGACAGGAGACCUAUGGGAUUUGGAUCUUGCCAUGAGGAACUCUAUUCCAGUCGUCCGUAUGGAGCACUUGAUUCUGGCUUCAAUAGUGUGGACAGUGGAGACAAAAGAUGGUCAGGGAAUGAACCAACAGAUGAGUUCUCAGAUCUCCCUUUACGUGUGGCAGAGAUCACUAAAGAACAGAGGCUGCGAAGAGAAAGUCAGUAUCAAGAAAACCGAGGGAGCACAGUUGUAACUAAUGGUGGAGUGGAACAUGAUCUUGAUCAGAUCGACUAUAUUGAUAGCUGUGCGACAGAAGAGGAGGAGGAAGAGGUGAGGCAGCCCAAGUGCAUGGAUUCAGACAGCCUCAGCUCACAAUUCAUGGCAUACAUUGACCAGCGGCGAAUCUCCAAUGAG